GGGACGACAAGGUAUGGCAAGCCGUCAUGGCCAACAACGUCGAGGGUCUGCGCGCGCUCUUCCGGAAGCGCCGGGCGCAUAUCCUCUUCUCGCUCGAGUACCGCGACGAGCAGAAGCGGACGCCGCUCAUGAUGGCGUGCACAUAUGGCUUUGCCGACUGCAUGCGGCUCCUCGUCGAGCACGGUGCCAACUUGCACGCAGUCGACAAGAAGGGCAACACGCCGCUCCAUUACGCGUGCAUCAACGGGCAGUUUGCGAUCGUCGCGUACCUCGUUCAGCACACACUGGCGUCGCCGUUUGACGCCAACAAGAGCGAUGCGACGCCGCUUCAGCUCACCCGCCACGUGCUCGAGAGCAAGCCAGCGAAUUGGCUCGACCUCGCCAAGUGCAUUGAGCUCCUCGAGCAGCGCGUCAAGGUCUUUGAAGGCUGGCUCUACGAAAGCGCACCGAAUUUGGUCGCUGACGUCCUCAACAUUGCGUCCAUGCAGAGCUGGAAAGCGCGGUAUGCCCUCGUGCUGCGCAAUGGCUCCCGAGACGAGCUCGAAUUGCAUCUGUUUGAUGUGCGCCAGGGGCUUCGCCCGCCGAUUCCGACGUCGAUCCGACAGGUGCCGAUCACCAACGGCGUCCAGUUCAACAAGUCGGAGCGCUGGUGGAACAAGAAGCCGCACUCUUUUCUCAUCAACGGACUGUAUGAGUUUGCGGCCUUGGACACAGCGGGAUUUGACUUGUGGUUUCGUUUCUUCGAGACGGACGCGGCAACCAUGGUCGAAGAUCGCACCGUCAUUACCGAAGAGCCAUCCCACAAGAUUCUAGUCCAAGACGACGAGAACGAUUUGUCGUCAUCGGAGCUCUCGCCGACGCACCACCUUUCACCGUCGGCCCCCGACGCCAUGGACGCGCCGCCGCUCGACGCGAUCGGCGCGUGGGGCUCGUCGCCCCCAUCGAAAACGAGCAAAAUGGCCAAGCAACCCUCGUCCAAGCCACCAGCACCACCAGCACCACCGGCUCCACCGGUACCGCCACUACCGCCACGGACGACGCCGUACUCGCCCAUGCCACCCACCCCCAAGAAGGACAAGCAGGUCGUUGACCUCACAGCGGCAAGUGGCGACGCGGCGCCCGCGGCGUCGGCCCCCGACUUUGAAGCCGAUGACGCGACGCCAGGCAAGCCCGCGAUGCUCCGGCGCAAGUCGUCGCUGCUGGACGACGGCGCGACGAGCGAUGGUGCCAAGCGCCGAAAGGGCAAGGACGAGUGCGUCGUGUGCUACGACCGGCCCAAAGCCACCGUGUGCGUACCGUGUGGCCACGUCGCAGUGUGUGUCCAGUGCGCCGAGACGUUGCGGCGGACGACGGGGCGUUGCCCCAUUUGCCGGGGCGAAGUGCGCGAAGUCGUCAAGCUCUUUCAUGUAUAAACACCCAAUCUACUAUAUUCCUAUACCA